GGCGAGGCAAGUAAAAAAGCGGAAGGAUGACUCGUUUCGACACUCACAGUCCCGUACGGAGGAAAGCCGACACGUCGGCCUCGGUAAGUGCACUGAUGGAUGGCGUCACGCAACAGUCGGGGCGCACAGAGCCUCGUGGGAUGGCAAUGUGCCGGCAUGCAUGGAGAAAUGAACGAAUACGCCUUUCUGCAUCGUUGUCCGUGGUUGUAUGUUCUCAGGCAACGAUUGCGGCACCGCCCAAAGAGGAGGACGGUUGUUCUCUGCGGGCGACGCGUCGCAUCACCGCGAGCACCACAGACGAGGACCCGUCGCCCUGUGCCCAGUCGCCGUUUCGGCUAAGCCCCCGGCAGUCGUUCGACAUUGCCACUGGAGCCACCUCGCGUGCAGACGGCGUCGGCUUGGCCGGUCGCAUCGCCACGCCCCCCACAGACGCCCACACGGACGUCACGGCACACGCCAGGAAGCAGCGGGCGGCCGACACGACUGACGACAGCAAUGCGGCCGCCAGGAAGCAGCGAUCGGUCACAGGUAGUGCAGCUGGUCGGAGAAAGCGGCCCUCGCCGCCACAGACGGCCGAUGGUGCUGCUGGUGCUGUUGGUGUUGAGAGGGGUCAUGGCGGUGAGAAUGCCGCGAUGAUCGGCCCAGGUGUCGGCAUCCGCACAGGAGGUGAGAGGGAGAGAGAGGGAGGGAGGGAGGGAGGGAGGGAGGGAGGAGGACCAACACGCGGACACGUAUGUUGUGUGUUUGUCACUCGUUGAUGUGUGCAGGUGGCCGAGGUGACCCUUUUGCUGCCUUGGCCGAUGUGACGAGGACAUCCGGCGGCACUAACGCCCCCCGCCCCCUUUGCUCACCCGCACCACAGGACGGCCCCAAGACACUCACACUCACCACAAACCACUCUGGCUACAUGAAUGAGGAGAUGGAGCUUGUGGAUGCGGUGGAACGUGUCGUAUAUCGCUACGCACUGGUUGCCAUACAGUUCCUUGACAGGUGUGCACGCGCGUCAUAACGCGCAUAGCACCUGACAACACGACACUCUCAUUCACGCGCUCUUUGUCCGAUGUGGUGUGUCGGUGUGCAGCAGCGAGGCCAUGGAGGCGGCCCUUCGCCGCAGCCGGCAUGUGUCGUUCCAUCAGUCACCGUCAUCGCCCCCUCUUGAUGCGAAUGGUGCAUCAUCGGCCACCAUGCCGCGACGCGUUCCCGACCUGCUCCUCCCAGCCACACUCCCAGCUCAGUCACGACACCAUCACCACCGUCAGCAGCAGCGAAUCCCUCCUACAGCCGCCCCGCAGCCGCCCCAUGCCAUGGCCUUCGCCAAGACGCCUUUAUUGCCGCUGAAGGCCAGUGGCGCCGAAGCUGCUAUUGGUGUUGACAAGGGGGGCAUCCGCAGAGGAGGUAAGUCGGGAUGGAAGCCAGAGGGGAUGUUUCAUCUUCAGACACACACAUCGAUGGAUUGAUAUGUUCUUUCUCUUCUUGUUCCUUUCUUCCAGGGCUGCCAUGCCGUCGUACCCGCCAGUGAUGAGCAAUUGUGCAUAGUGAUGUGUUGAUUGCUUGAAUGGUCGGUGUGAUUUUUGGAGGGAAUGAUGCGUAUAGGAAGCAUUCAUUGCAUUCAUUGCAUGAACGAUGCUGUCCAUGACCGAUACCACUUGUACGUACGACAGGUGCAUUGCAAUGCAUUGACAAGAGCCUUUUGCUUUUCCCUAUGAUGGCGGUGUUGCCUCGCGAGGCUUCUCUCGUCGCCCAGAUCAGAAUUCGCCUCUUCACGUGCGUGCACGGUUUUCCACGUGCACGGUUUUGUAGACAAGGGCCGCAUCAGGAGGCACCAUCACUUUCCACCGUGCCGGUCUUCUCUUGAUGGCCUUCGCCUUUCCGUGCGCCUCAGAUUUGGCGAGACUGCGAGACGGACCUCCCACAAACCCUUAUUUAUUAUUGCGUAAUUCAGCACUGACCCGCCUCGGGCUGCCUCUGUACCACUAUCCCAUGACGUCGAUACCACUGGUUGCAGCACGAUGAGGACGGUGCUGUUGCCAUUUUCCUGCAGUCCGCGCCACGGCGGCACGGCCGAGCCAGACCUGAUG